CGACGCUGAGAAAUUGGAAAGUCUCUCUUCAAAUAAUUUAUUUCCUCAAAAUUUCCAUGUUUGUCUUUCAAUCCUUCGUUUAUUAAUCUUAUUUCGCUGAAUUUUGUGAGUAUAUAUUGAUCUCUUAAACUUCCUCGUUAGGAAGGCGUAAAAUGGAUCUCCGGCCUCGCCUUCAUCGCCUCUUCUUGCUCUCGAUUUUCAUGUUGCUGUCUCAAGCUGGCGUAUCACGGAGCUGGUUGUUUUCAUCUAAGGAAGACGAGGCCGAGGCUCCUUCAAGCAAGAAGGUGGUUUACAAAAAUGGUGCUUCUGAAUUCUCCAUGGAAGCCCUCAAUGACCAGAGGGGCAUCCAGUUGAUCGAGAGCGCCAAGAACAAAAUGCUGGCUCCCAAUUCUUGUUGGCAGACGGCCUACCAGAGCGUGUUUCAGGGAUGCGCGAAGACUCUUGCAGACGAGGAGUCACGGUCUAGGCUGGCGUGGAGCCUCAGUGAUUGCUUCCAGAGGCACACGGGCCGGCCCUCUUUCCCUUACUGUGAUCCCAAAUCCCAAAUGAGGAAGUGUUUGCAGAAUUUGGAUAGAGAUGGUCACAAAAUCUAUCUUGAAUACUUUCUUGAGACGAAUUCCAUCUGUCACCAGCUGCAGACGGAGGCGUUCAAGCAUCAGACCGAGAGGCUUGUGAAUGAGCUCAAGAGCAGUGCUGAAUACGCGGAGGUGAAGCUGGGAAAGAUCGAGGAGCACGGGGAGCUGCUGCUGCAGAACACACAGCAAGUUCAUGAUUCUGUGGCAUCGAUAGAUGUCCGGACUCAGCAAGUUGCACAGACAGCGAAGGUGUUGGAGGAUCACGUGAACUCCGUGUUGAGAUACUCUGAAGUAGUUUAUGAGCAGUCUAAGGGCAUAGCGUCUUCUCAAAUGGAGCUGAGCGAAGGGCAGGCUAAGAUGAAGGAGAAUUUGGCACAGGGAAUGGCGUUGCUUCAGAGCUCGUACGAGAAUCUGGGAGACGAAAUUGUCAAGCUGAGAGGCGAAGCAGCUGAGAUAGAGAGGGAGAUUGAGAAGGUUGGGGAUGCAAUGUCGUCUAAGAUGAGUGUUCUGCAGAGUAAAGCAGACGAUAUAGGGAAUAUGGCUGGGACGUCGUUGGAUAAACAGAAGGAGCUUCUAGACGGGCAGUCUGAAGCUCUCGAAGGCCUCAACUUUCUCACCAAGUUUCAGUCACAGGCCCUUGAAGAGAGCAGGUUAACUCUGCAGAAGUUGGCUGAAUUCGGGCAUAAGCAGCAGGAGGAGCUACUCGAGAAGCAGAAGCAACUCCAUCAGUCUCAUGAUAGUCUAGUGGAGAACUCGAAACUGAUAUUAGCAGCUCAGGAAGCAUUUGAAUCAAAGCAAGCAAGCAUGUUUGUUGCCUUAGAUAAGCUCUUUGAACUGCACAAUGCUAUGCUGUUUGAAUCACGCGUCAUCAUAGCAUUCUUGGUGUAUUCGGUUGCAAUUUUCAUCGUCUACAUGCUGACUAGCAUAAAGCACGCCUACAACGUGAGGCAUAGGCUGUAUCUAGGUCUGUGUGUGACGUUCUUGAUUGAGAUUAGUGUAUUUUGGAGCGUGACAACGGAUGGCGAGCAGCAGGGGAGGUUGAUACGCGUCGUUAGGUCACUCUUCGCGGUGUCUGCAUCCGUGCAAUACGUGUAUGCCAUAUUUACAUACAGGGACUACGAGGUGCUGAACCACGAGAUGCUGGUGACGUUGAUGGAGAAGGUUAACAGCAUGCAGCGGAGCAAGGAGAUGGUGGCGUGGGAGACGGAUGUGGAGAGCGAGGUGAACUGGCGUUCGUGGGUGGAUACGGAGUUGACAGAAGACGUGCAGCUGUUGGAGGAUCCCGACUACGUGUUGCCCGAGGAAGUCGAGGAGAAUUCCUCGGUUUCCACUUCGCAUACGAAGAGAUAUAACCUUCGUAGGCGAAGUUAGAAGUUUUGAGAGACGGAGUGGUGAGAAAGGGAGGUAGUUUUUUUUGUUGAAAAUGGUUAUAUCUUUAUUCAUUGAGUUUGAGGGUAGCAAGAUUUUGUGUUGUAGCGAUGAUUAUGUUCUUAUGUAUAUUCUCUCUUGGAGUGAAAGCUUGUCUGAGUUAUUCCAAUUUAAAAAAAAAAAAAAAAAAAAAAAAUCUAAGCUCCUAUAUA